UGUAAAUAUUCUGUUACCUGCUGCACUAACCUCCAAAAAUAUGUUCACACCACCACUGACUGAUUCACACAACAUCUGAGUGAGCUCAGCCGUUGCUUCUCACAAGAAGACCUCAGCGGAUGGGAAAACGGUCACAAAUGCCUUCUCACAGGGAAAUAUUAUGAAUUAACCGACCUUGAGAUAGAGAAAGAAAUGAAAACAUUGAGAAGAAGAAUUUCUUGUGCUUCCAUCUUAUCUUAAUGCUCACUUCGAGGAUUCUGCCUCACUUUGUGGUAGAACGUUGGUGAGCCAGACUUCAUGGACAAGAAGGUGGUGCUGAUCACAGGCUGUUCCUCUGGGAUCGGCCUCAGCCUGGCCGUCCGGCUGGCCUCCAAUCCAGACAGAAUCUACAAAGUCUAUGCCACGAUGAGGAACCUGGCCAAGAAGGAGCGUCUUUUGGAGUGUGUGAAAGGCCUGCACAGAGACACCUUGGACAUCCUCCAAAUGGACGUGACAGAUCGGCAGUCCAUCCUGGACACACGGGACAGGAUUGCAGAGAAAAGAGUAGACAUACUGGUGUGUAAUGCUGGCGUUGGUAUGAUGGGGCCGCUGGAGGUGCAGUCUUUGGAGUCCAUGAGACAGGUUGUGGAAGUCAAUUUUCUGGGUGUGAUCCAAACCAUCCAGGCCUUCCUGCCACAGAUGAAGGCUCUGGGACAGGGUCGCAUUCUGGUCACCGGCAGCUCAGGAGGUCUUCAUGGUCUUCCUUUUAACGAGGUUUACUGUGCUAGUAAAUUUGCAGUGGAGGGUGUAUGUGAGAGUCUGGCCAUCCUCUUGCACCACUUCAACAUUCACGUGAGCCUCAUUGAGUGCGGUCCAGUCAACACUGACUUCCUGAUCAAUCUGCAGAGGGCAGAGCUCGGAGAUGCGUCUCUCCAACACGUCGAUAGCAGAACAGUCAGCCUGUAUGAGAAAUACCUGCAGCAUUGCAGCUCAGUUUUCCAAAAUGCGGCACAGGACACUGAUGACAUUGUAAAGGUUUUUGUGGAUGCCAUUCAGUCAUCCAGGCCUGCUUUCAGAUACUUCACCAGCGGCACAGUCCCACCUCUUGUCCAGCUGAAGCUCACGCCGCCGGAUGGCCUGCAGUACAUCAGCACUAUGAGCAAACAGAUCUUCUCAGACACUGAGAAUGAAUAACUGCCACAAAUCGUUCAUGAUAAAUUGUCACAUGGCAGUUAAUACUUUGCUCUUUCACUUUUUGUUUCCUGGAAUAAAGCUGACAC